GCAACAGUUGCCCCGGUGAGGAAGAAGCGCCAUAGCCACGGUAGUCCUGGCGACAAGAACCCAGCAACGAGAGUCAACAACAACAACAGCCUGAAACCUUGAAAAAAUAAAAAACCCAAUAUACCAGUUGGGAAUUUUCUCGGAAUAAGAGAUUUAUUGGACUGGCAAAUUGAGAAAGUCACCAGAUCAGACAGACGAAGUGAGAAUAAGCUGUUGAUGACGUGACUGAUUGUGGACUCCUCUCUCAUUAUGAUCACGUGGAAGACACCAGUAGUCUUCUCCCUCUCCUGUUGCCCAUAGAGGGUUGAGUCUGGGUUCUCCUGAUGGCCACUCAAGCCUAUGUGGGAGAGCUGCAGCCAUCCUCCCAACCCCAGGGGGGCAGUGUGAGCGUGGUGGCAGGCCAGCCGGCGACCACCGCCACCGCGCCACCGCAGUUCCUGGCCGAGAUCCCGGCCACGGUCGUCACGGCUACCGCCACACCCUCCGCUGACCAGACCACGCCCCCGGUGACACAGACCACUCCCACUCAGGCCCAGAACUCCCCUGUGGCGGCCCCGCCCACCCAGACACAGUACGUCGCCACGGAGAUCCAGAGCUCGCCUACCCAGACCAACGCCCAGAGCACGCCGCAGUAUAUCGUCGUCACGGUGACCGAAGGUUCUCUCCACUCCAGUGACUCGGUAUCGGACUCCAGUCCUCCUCCUGCUGUGGUCCAGACCGGAGUGCCCACACAGGUGGUACAGCAAGUACAGGCCGGUCAGCAGACGUCUGUGCUGCAGGCCACUUCUCAGGCUACAAAGACGGAACAGGGAACUCAGCUCACCGUCACCAGUCUGCAGCCUGUUCACAUCACACAAGAGCAGCUUCAGCAGGUACCAGUCCAGCAUGUGUACACUAACCAGGUGCAAUAUGUGGAGGCAGCAGACCCCAGCUACACAACUAGCACCAUUCGCUCUGGUAGCUUUACCUACUCCGAGGCUCCUCUCUACACUCAGCCCUCUGCCGGCAGCUCCUAUUACGAGACCACGCCCACUUCCGGCUCCCCGACCACCCCUGCCACUCCCCUCACCGUCGCCGUGACGACCGGCUCGGCCGGCUCCGUCUCCAUGUUUGUGGCCGGGGCGGGCCAGAUCGUAGCCAAUCCCGUCGCCACCUCCGGGGCAGGGGGCGGGCCCACCGCUGUGGUUGCCACGGGCGCGGCCGGCACGUCCAAUGGCACGGGGGACGGCGCGACCUCUAACGGGGGAGGCGGGAGUUACGUGAUCCAGGGCGGGUACAUGCUGGGAGGCGGGGCCAGCAACAGCAACAGCAGCGGCGGAGCAAGCAGCAGCAGCAGCAGCAGCAGUAGCCAGGGCUACACACACACACACACACACACCUCUGCCGCCCGCGCCUCACCCGCCACCGUGAGUAUCUGUGAGGGGGAAGACAGUAGCGUGCCGUCGGCAGACAAGAAGGUGCAGUGGUUGCUGGAUAACUAUGAGACUGCUGAAGGCGUGAGUCUGCCGCGGUCCACCCUGUACUGCCACUACCUGCUGCACUGCCAGGAGCAGAAGCUGGAGCCCGUCAACGCCGCCUCCUUUGGGAAGCUCAUCCGCUCUGUGUUCAUGGGCCUACGCACGCGCAGACUGGGCACGCGGGGGAACUCUAAGUACCACUACUACGGGCUGCGGAUCAAAGCCAGCUCAUCUCUCCUGAGACUCAUGGAGGACCAGCAGCACCUGGCCAUGAGACAGCAGCCCUUCUCCCAGAAGCAGAGGAUGAAGCCGGUGCAGAAGGUGGAGGGGAUGACCAAUGGCACGUCUUCAUCCACUUCAGGCUCCGCCCAACAGCAGGGGAGCGGGGGGCUGUCUGACAUCAGCGCUCAGGUGCAGCAGUACCAGCAGUUCCUAGAUGCGUCGCGUGUCCUUCCGGAGUUCCCGGAGUUGGACCUGCAGGGUAAGGCUCUCCCUGAUGGCAUUGAGAUGGAACACAUCAAGAGCUUUCAGCUGCUCUACCGGGAACACUGCGAGGCUAUUCUAGAUGUAAUGGUGAAUCUGCAGUUCACUCUUGUGGAGACUCUGUGGAAAACCUUCUGGAGGUUCAAUGAGAAUCAGGCCACGGACACAGCAACACUGGCUGUGCACGAUGAGUCGGAGCGGCGGCUGCCCAAGUCCUGUCUGGUUCUGCUGUGUAAGUACGACCCAGUGGUGCUGUGGAGCCGAGACUGCGACAACACACUCUACCAGGGCCUAGUGGAGAUCCUCAUACCGGACGUGCUGCGACCUAUACCCAGUGCCUUAACCCAGGCCAUCCGUAACUUUGCCAAGAGCCUGGACAGCUGGCUGACCAACGCCAUGAUGAACGUGCCCGAGGAGAUGGUCCGCAUCAAGGUGACAUGUGCAGGUGCGUUUGCCCAGACGCUGCGCAGGUACACGUCUCUGAACCACCUGGCCCAGGCAGCCCGCGCAGUCCUGCAGAACACCGCCCAGAUCAACCAGAUGCUCUCCGACCUCAACCGCGUCGACUUCGCCAACGUGCAGGAGCAGGCCUCGUGGGUGUGUCGUUGUGAGGAUCGUGUUGUCCAGCGAUUGGAGCAGGACUUUAAGCUCACUCUGCAGCAACAGAACUCUCUGGAGCAGUGGGCUGCCUGGCUGGAUGGUGUUGUCUCCCAGGUCCUAAAGCCCUACCAGUCCACGGCAGCCUUCCCCAAAGCAGCCAAGCUCUUCCUGCUCAAAUGGUCUUUCUACAGUUCGAUGGUGAUCCGGGAUCUGACUCUGCGCAGUGCUGCUAGUUUCGGUUCUUUCCACCUGAUCCGGCUGCUGUACGAUGAGUACAUGUACUACCUGAUAGAGCACCGUGUGGCUCAGGCCAAAGGAGAGACCCCCAUCGCUGUGAUGGGAGAGUUUGCCAGUCUUGGCCACAGUCUGAACCCACUGGACCCUGACAAAGAAGAGGAAGAGGAGGAGGAGGAGGAGAGUGACGAUGAGUGUCAUGAGCUGUCGCUACCUUCCGAUGGCGUCACCCUUAGCAACGACUCGCUGGAGCCGCCCGCCAAGUUGGCCCGCACCGAUCAGAGAGUGCUGUUGAAUUAAACACACACACACACACACACACACACGCACACACACACACACACACGCCACACAC